AUGGCCCCCCUCCCGCCCGACCCUUACCACAUCCUCGGCGUUCCCAAGGAUGCGCAGACUCCCGAGAUUCGCUCCUCGUACCGAAAGCUCGUCCUCAAGUGCCAUCCGGACAAGGUUCAAGAUCCCCAGCUCAAGGAGGAAAAGCAAAAUGAGUUUCAACGUGUCCAGCAGGCCUACGAACUCCUUACCAACGACGCCGAACGCCAAAAGUACGACGACAAGGUUAGACUCGAAGACCUCCGCCGCCAGAUGAAGGAAAAAGCACACAUCUCCUCUCCCAAGCCCUCUGCAAAGUACUCCGAUUUUGAGAUUCGCACCCCGGACAUGCGAUCACCCGCUUUCAAGUCGUCGCCCUCGGCCGCCAAGGUCUACACGUUUGGCCGCUUUGACGAGGAAUACGUCACCCGUGGUACCCGCAUCUUUGAGACCAAGAGCAACCGCUCUGCCAAGCGCGAACCCAGCUUCUCUGAACGACAGUCCAAGCGCGAUUCUGAAAAGGAGCGCGAAAAGGACAAGGAACGCCGCCGCAAAGAGGAAAAAGAGGCUCAGAAACUCGAAAAGAGGCGCCAGGAGAAGCAGCGUGACCGAGAGAUCAAGCGCGACCACGAAGAAAAGUACCGCUCCCGCAACGCCAAGCCCUCGGUUGAGGUCUUCGAAGAUGAACUGCCCAAGUCGGAGCGCAAACGAUCUACCAAGAAACACGACGACAAGGCCGGCCGCACCUCGCCGCGCGAUGACAAGCCCACUUCUUCGUCCCGCCCUCCCAUCAGCAACACCUUCUACUCCCCCACGGACCGUACCACCUACGAGAGCGCAUCCUCGUACGUGCAAGCCUCGCGCGGUCCCCCGAGCUUAAAUCGUUCCCACUCAUACACGACCCGUCCCGCGUACCCGGCCGCGCCCUCGCCGCCGCCAUCCAAUGGCAAGAAGACGUACCUCGUGGAGGACUCAGAUUCCGAUGAUUAUGUCCGCCGGUCUUCGGCACCCGCGCGCCGCGGCUCCGGCGACGGCCCGCGUCUUUCGCGUGAGCGCUCCUACCGCCAAGCCUCGCACGAGGUCCUUGAGGACACCCUUCAUGCUGCUUCUUCGGCUGCCGCCCGCCACACAGCGUCUUUUAGUCGGUCGGUACCUAUGGGCAGCUCGCCGCCACGCCACGACAUGCAGCUUCCCCGCACCAACUCGAUGCCGCAACCCAGCUUUACGCGGCCCGGCCCGGGUAUGACGCGCUCACACACCUAUGCUGCCCCCGAAAUGCCUCACGGCCGUGACCGAUCCCGCAAUCACCCCCAGGCGCACAUCGAGAUCUCUGAGUCUGAUGACGAAUUCGAGCGAGAGCGCAGGCAUCGUAGUAGUCGCAGGACGACGUCGCCCGAGCCUCAUCCCCCGUCCGUCUUUCGCUACGAGGUGGACUCUGGCACCCGCCGCAGUCACCGCACGCAGCCCCCGCUAGACGUGGAUGGUGGCCACGGCCACUACAUGUACGCGCAGCAGCAACCUGUUCGCGGGCCUGACACGCGCGGCGCCGCCGCCUACCGGGAGCCCAUGCAUGCACCGCCCGGCGUUCGCUACCCGAACGUCAUCAACGUUGCCAAGUACGGAGACGUCCGCUACAGCGAAUAUCAGUAUGGCGGCGGUGUGCGGGCAUGA